CAAAUAGUCGUCUACUAAACCAUUCACACCAUUCAGUGUUGUCGCCAUGUUUUGAGCAUAUCUUGGGAUCAAUUAGAGUGACAAUGACUAUAGUAGUGCCGGGUGUGGACCCUAUGAGCGGACAGCCAAUGGCAUCGAUGGUGAGCUCGCGGGCGGACAUUCACGCGACCCAUGUCUACGAAAGUGUGGCCAAUUGUGUGGACCAGUUCCUCAACUCGGACUCAAUGUUCCCACAAAUGCUGGAAACGCUGAAAGUGACCCAAAGAUUUCCGUCCGUCUCUGGUCUUCAAGACAACGAUUAUCCAAAUUUCGGUGAUUUGGGAACCAGUGGGAUAGGAUUUCCGUCCGUCUCUGGUCUUCAAGACAACGAUUAUCCAAAUUUCGGUGAUUUGGGAACCAGUGGUCAGUCCUUAUCGUUACCACAAUUCAGUGCUUUGACGACAAUUCCUUUGCCGAAGGGAUUACUCGAACAGUUCUCUCACAUACAACAGAACUGCGAAAUGGGAAUAAUGCCAGAGAUCGGGAGGGCGUGGGUCGCCAUCGACUGCUAUAUAUAUCUCUGGAAUUAUGAUAACGGAAGUGAUGUCGCAUAUUAUGAUGGUUUAAGCGAAACUAUUCUUAGCGUUGGAUUAGUUAAACCCCGUGAAGGUGUCUUUAAGCCACACAUUAAAUACCUGUUGAUUCUGACGACAGCCGUUGAGAUACUAUUACUUGGCAUCACUUUUAGCACCUGUGAAGACGGCUCAGAAGGCGAGCUUCUCUUAGUUCCCGACCCUAUCUUCAGAGUGACGACCGAUAAUAUUGUGAUGAAUGUAAUCAUGGGUUCAGUCGACGGCCGCAUAUUUCUUGGCGGCAAAGAUGGCUGUCUUUACGAAGUGAUAUAUCAGGCCGAAGACGGAUGGUUUGGUCGCAAAUGCAAAAAAGUGAACCAUUCCUCGAGUGUCAUCUCAUACUUCUUUCCCUCGUUAUUCAACGUU